GAUGGCGCUUGGCGCUCUGUAGGACUCACGCGUGAAUUUCUUGUUUUUGUGGAGACGUUUUCAUGGCAGAAUGAAAUGGUAUGAGCGCCAGACCACAGGGCCGUGGUAGGCAAAUACGCAGAGAUCGUUCUCAGCGAAUUAGAGGCCGAGACCACUCUGCAGACUCAGUGAGUAGCACGACUAGUACUCAAAGUGAAAGAGAAAGAGAUCGAGAACGAGAACAACGGAAUGGGCGGAACUCCAGACGUCGUCCUGAAAAGAAAGAUGAGCGAGGCAGACGCAGAAAUGAGGAAGGCAGAAGAGAUAUACCUGAUAGAGAAGGCAGCAAAGCCACUGAUAAGGAUAAAGGAAAGCCACGUUCUGAGUCUGAGAAACAACCACCUCGCGGAAGAGGUGAACCUAACCGAGAUCCUCCAAGGGAGCUAAACCGAGACAGUUUUGGUUCUAAAGGCUCUACCAAUGAACGAAAUAAUAUGUUUGGUGAUGAUUCUCGUUUGUCACAUCUUGUAAAGAGGAUUGGUAAAGAGUCUGAACGGGACAGACGUCUAACUGCGGCUCAGCAGUUUGAGGAAUUCCUAAAUAUUCCCGAUAAUUCUCAGGUGGUAGACAAGCAUGCAGAGAAUCUAUUUAUAGUCUUAGAAGAUGUACUUUUUGAAAGAGGGCAACCAGAGCUGAAGGAAAAAAUAGCAACAUGUGUUGGUAUAAUUGGUGGAAUUUUAGGCAAUGAAGCUGGAAGGUUUUUUCAGUGGAUAUUUGCCAAGCUUGAGUCAUCUGCAUCUGAUGAAGUAAAGAUCUUGCUGCUCACAGCACUCUACAAGGCAAUCCAAGUAGACACGAAGAACAAAUACUUUAGAGAUUUUAUGACGAAUGUCAUGAGUAGCCUGCAGAAUAUCUUGGAAAAUGUAGACACAUCAGACUUACUGCGUGCAGCUUUGAAUGUGAUGAUGCCAAUAGCCAUAGACUAUCCACAUGCCUUUGCUGGUCAUUUCAGGGAUACUGUUGACAUCCUUGUUGGAUGGCAUAUUGACACGUCUCAGCAGACAUCUCUAACCAGUUACACUUCAGAAUGUCUGGUAAAGCUCCAUGACUACUGGGCAUCAGACAUAGCCUUUUCUCUAACACUGCUCAGCCAGUUUUUGGAAGAUAUGGAAGCUUAUGCAGAAGAACUAGGCAUGUUGUCUAACCAAGUGGUCUCUUCAGAAGAAAUCCCAUCGCCAUAUGUGUCUCUCCCAAGGCUGACAGCACUAGUGAGAGUGUUUACAACAGUUGUAAAUGGCAUAGGACCAAGCUUUUCACCAAAUCGAAGUCCAUCUAUUACACCUAUGUUUUUGUUUCAGUUGAUUCAAAGGAUUAUUCAGUGCAUCAACAUGUCAGGGUACUCUUACUAUUAUGAAAAGCUCUUUGUAUCAGCUAAUGAGUGUUUAGAGUCCAUGUGUUCAUGGUUACAGCCUUACUUCUCGUGUUGCUGCGAAAUAACUGCAUCUUUUGUGAUUCAACAACUACAGAGCAGUUCAUGUGUCACAUAUCCUCAUAUAAUGUCUGCUCUUCAACUAAUACAGAAGGUCAUCAUUCAUGUUAAUACAGCUAUCCCAGCCACUUUCAUUCAACAACUCUUAGAACCAGACUCUCCUAUAAUGAAGUUGCGCUCAUGCUCUGAUCAAGCAGUGCUGUCAUCAGUGAUGAAGAUUUAUCAGGGUUUCCUUGGUAUUCAUGAUGUUCCACUUUUGGAGACAGCUUACAGAAUUGCUGUGAAAGAACUGAUCGGCAGCUUUAACCUUCUGCGUAAAACACUUCCAAGCUUGGAAAUGAGUGACAAUAACUUAGAGCCUCUUUCAAGUAGCAGUAACAAAGAAACAGGCUCACUUGAUCCAGACAAGGACAAGCAGAGUGAUACCUUGAAUACAGAAGAGGAUACCCCUGCUCCUAUUCCAGUACAGGUGCAAAGUUCCCAUGAGUUGGAGAGUAUUAUCAUCUUUGAUCUGUGUGCUCUGUCAGAGAUUGCAACAACAAAAUCAGCAAUUUUGAGGUUAUGGAAGCUUUCUCCAAGUACUUAUCAGUUGCUUACUCAACAUCUGGAUGCAUGCGAGUGGAAGAUUGCUGUAUGCCAUCCCUCUGUCCAGUACACCAUUCUUCAUGCCCUUUACACAUACUGUCAGAGGUACAACCAUUUCCUGCCUAGUUCACCAUCAGAGGGUUUGCAUUCAUCACCAGAUGGUGACAUGGUUUCAAUGUUGAGCCUACUCUCCAAAGUGCUCGGAAAUUCCAGUACAUCAGAGGAUUCCAGAAAGCUGUGUCUUGUCUGGUUGGUGGAGAUUUUGGACAGAGCAGUGACCAGUGGUGUCCUGGGAGUGGUUGUUAGGCAUGUGAACCUGGAUUCUAUGGCAGAAAGCAUUUUGCCAUCUUCAUUUGACCAUAAUCUCAGCAUCUCCUUGGAAGUGUCUUUUUGUCUGAAUAUUUUAGUUGAUCUUAAAGUCCUGUCCAGGAACUGCUUAAGGAAAUUUUUUGAAGACUGUGCUGUUCGGUUGAUGGAUUUGAAUAAAGAAGUUUGUAUGAGUUACCAGCAACUUAUAGGAGCAUUACCAAUUGACAUUUUAACAAGCUCCCUCAGCCAGAGCUUGUUUGAGUCUAGAAGAAGUCGAUGUAGAGGCAGUGAACAUGUUGGCAAACCUCUGACAACCAGUUGCAGUGAUGUAUGGUUGGCUCGCAAAGGUCAUAUUAUCAAACCUCCCUCAGGAUCAUUCCAUUCACAUGAUUUUCAGAUUGUUAUGGGAUUCAUUCUGUCUGGUGUUUAUCCCAGCAAAGAAGCCAAUGCAGACUGGUUGUUGAGACUUUUCCACAGUUGCAAUAGAGUUCAGAAGUAUGCAGAAUCAGAGAUGCUUCAGUUUAACAGAUGUGAAUCACUUCUUUGGUUCUGGGCAACUUGGGAAGCAGCUCAGUUUUGCAUUUUGUCUCGUUUACGGACACCGCUUGGCAGAGCUCAAGAAACAUUCCAGGCAAUAGAAGGUGCUUUACAGAUGUUUGAACUGGAUGCUAGAGGAGAACAAGAGGAGAAGAACAAAGUAAAGCAUGAAGAGCCGGGGUCCAAGGAAGAGGAAGGGAAUGAAACAGUUGCUUGUCCAAAAUCAUACACCAACCACCUCCAGUCUGUUCUACUACUACAGUUUGUAGAGAACCUAGAAAAACUCAUGUACAAUGGCUAUGAAGGCUGUGUUGUGGGUCUGCCUUCACCACCCAAGUCUGUUCGGAUAUUUUUCCGCACAAACCGAAGCACUUGUAUGGAGUGGCUUACCAGAGUGAGAAAAGGAGUGAUGACCAUUGGUACUUUGUGUGGCUGUCCUGCAGUAACUGUUUGGCAUGGAUUUCAAACAUUGCAAGAAAUGAAGGCAGCAGGAAACACUAAGGGUGAAGACUUUGACAAAGCUGUGUCACUGACAGCCCAAGCCUUGUGUGAGUUAAAGAGUGCACAUGCUAUCUCUGGUUUAAUGGCCUGGUGUGAGCAAGUUUCUGGUCAGAAAUAUUCUUGGAUGAAUGGCACAGUAACAAAGGCUAAGGGAUGGUAUGAGUGCUCUGCAAAAGAAUACAAAGUAGCAGUGGAAGGUGUGUCUAAAGGAACAGAGAAAGGCCAACAAGAAGAAAGAAAGACAUCUGAAGCUUCCACACCUAGCAUUGUGACAACAUUCCUUGUUGAUGAGGUUGCAGACUGCUAUAUGAAGUUAUCAUCUUGGAGUGAGGUUUCAGAAUGGCAGAAAUAUGUCAGUAACCUCAGGAAACACUGCACAGACUCUGACAUCCAGCAUUCAUUAAUGGCAAAUGUUGACACUAAUUAUGUCAAGGCUUUGAGCAAAUUUGAGGAAUGUGACUUCAUAUCAGUGCGAAACCACCUGCGAUUGGUCCCUGGAGCAGCACUUAACUCUCUGACUGAGAAUCUAAACAAGUCUGCUUGGUCUGCAAAACUUAAUCACCCAGACACAACAUUCAGUCCCGCGUGGGCACCAGACAAAAUUGUGCAGACGGCUGAACUCUCCUUAAUCCAGGCACAGACGCUCUUUUUCACCUCUGGAAAUUUGAAAGCAAAGACAAAGGAAAACAAUUCAAAAGAUGAAAAAAUCAUUCAAACUAUAAAAGAGUGUGUCCGCCAUGCCACUUCACUUUCUGAAGGAGUUCUUCAAAUUGGAACAUUGGGCUGGCCACUGGAAGUGUCUGCCUCUCAUAUCACUCAAUUACAGUUUGCUACGGCUAUGGAAAAUAUAAUAGAAUCCACUCGUCAUCAGGAGGAUUAUUCGCCAUCAUUUUUACGUGGAAUUGGUAAUUUCAAUGUUGAUCACACUCAACACGACUGUGGUGUCCUGAUGAGAGCAUUACGAUUUUGUGGAAACCUUCAUUACCUAGCCAAUACGAUGGGAAAACAUCAAAAUCAGUUGAGAACGGAACUGAUUUCAUUACAGAUGGGAGCAGCUCAACUUGCACGGAAGCAUCACAACUUUAAUCUAGCUUACAAGCUGUUGGUGAAACAAAUUUCAUUGCUUGGAAAUGCAGCAAAGGUUUCACAGGAUGUAAACUGCGGAAAGAAACAGUCUCUUGAGCCAUUAAUGGACAGCUUAAAUGAUCCAUCUUUUGCAACUGCCAAACCAGUUGAUGUGAUGGAAAUUCAACGAGAAUGUUCCAAGUUGGCUUUUGCCAUAGGUCACCCUUCAGAAGCUGUUAAUUUUCUUGCCGAGAGCAUUUCCCAGUAUGCAAACCUGGGAGAUAUUGACUCAAAUGUGGGUGCGUUGAACUCAAAAUCACUACUCACACUUGCCAAAUGGCUGCUUAAUGAUCGGAAGCUUUUAACUGCGGUCACAAAGGUUAACGGAAAUGGUCUCUCUGUAGCGGCAAAAAUCAAUUCAUUGUGUGAGUUAGAGACAAGUUAUGUGAGUCUUAGUCACAGCACCCUUAUCUCCGCGCAAGAAGAAUCCGAGUAUGGUUUGAAUUCCAGCUCUGUCACCAGUGUGGCCAAUGGUAUCACUGAUGCAGAAUCAGUUUGUGGCCAGCUUCUGCACUUGGCCACUAUGCAAGCACCAGAUCUGGGCAAAGUUUGGUUCAACUUGGCUGGGUGGUGUUACCGAUGGGGAAGAAAGACCGUGGAACAAGCCAGCUCAAUGGGAAAUGUAGGUCUUUUACCACAAGAAAAGGAAACAGUCCUGCAGAGUCUACCUCAGAAUGCUCGUCCGGCAGAGGUGGAGUCUGUUAUGCUUGUGCUGGGGCAGGUUCAUGUGACAGCGUACUUCAACCAGGAAGAAGAUAUUGGUGAAGAGGAUCAGCUGUAUGACGACGGACUGGAAAACACCAAGAAGCAGCUUUUGACCGUCUGUCCUGGGUUGCAUGACGCUCAGCCUCAGCUGCUCGAGAAUCUGUUGUCAGUAUGGAGAGGUGUUCGAGACAGACUCUUCAAACACUACCAUUUUGCUGCCAAGGCAUACUUCAUGUAUCUCAAGAUGGGAAGUGAGGAUUUAGAAGUGUCUUCUGGAGCUGUUAAGAAUACAGACCAAACUAAACGCGGGACCAAGAACAGUGACGAUGACAGUAACGUCACAGCCACCUUGAGAUUGCUGCGUCUCCUUGUUAAACACGCCGGUGAGCUCCGUAGCGAACUGGAGGACGGACUGGUAAAGACACCUACAAGACCUUGGAAAGACAUAACUCCUCAACUGUUCUCACGACUGAACCACCCAGAGAGUUAUGUGCGGCAGAGUGUAUCUGAGUUGCUGUGCCGUGUGGGUCAAGAUGCACCACACCUGAUAGUUUAUCCUGCAGUGGUUGGUUGUUCCACAUCUCUCCCAAAGUACUUGCUGAACAAGGGAAAAGAAGGCGAAGGUUUGCUUCCACUUCUUGUGCCCACCGCCCCCGAUGUACCAGCAGAAAACAGCCAAAAUCAAGGUAACCAGACGAGUGAAACCCAAGGCAUCAAGACAGAGAACGAUGCGUUGACUACUUGCUACCAGACUAUUGUUGAAUCCAUCAGGACACACAAUCCUCAGCUGGUCUCUGAACUACAGGGAUUUAUUAUGGAGCUUCGUAGAAUCACUCUGCUCUGGGAAGAACUGUGGCAUGGUUCACUCAUGCAGACUCACCAUGAUGUGACAAGACGGCAACAACAGCUUGAGGAUGAGAUCAAGCGGGUCAGCGGUAACCAGAAUCUGACCAAUCAGCAGAAGGCUACUUUGAUUAGAGAAAAACACAUUGCUAUCAUGAAACCAGUUGUAUUUGCAAUAGAACAGUUGAACAAGAUAACUUGUCAAGAACCUGGCACACCUCAUGAACAGUGGUUCCAGAUGAGUUACAGUAGUGCUAUUCAAUCAGCACUUGAGUCUCUACAAAAUCCACCUGAUCCCGCGGACCACAGAUCCAGCUGGGAGCCCUUUAAACAGCUUCUGCAAGCUUUUCAAGCGAGAUCACAAAAGCGUUCAGCGUACACUCUACAUAUGGAUGAGAUCAGUCCUCCAUUAUCCAGUAUGAAAGGCUCUGCAGUAUAUAUGCCAGGCCAGACACAUUUCAGUGGAAAGAUCGUGACCAUCGAUUCUGUCGUAAGAGAUGUGAACAUCCUCCCCACUAAAACCAAACCCAAGAAGCUGGUAUUCGUUGGAUCUGAUGGGCAGAGGUACGCCUACUUAUUUAAAGGACUUGAAGAUCUUCAUCUUGACGAACGAAUCAUGCAGUUCCUGUCCAUCUGCAACAACAUGUUUACCAGAGUUGACAGCCACAAUUCCCCUCUGUUCUGUGCUCGUCAUUACUCGGUGACUCCUCUUGGGCCGCGGUCAGGUCUUAUUCAGUGGGUAGAUGGUGCUGUUCCUGUGUUUGCGUUGUUUAAACGCUGGCAGCAGAGAGAAGGUGCUUCCGCAGCAUUGAUCAAAACCGCACAGGGUGCGAAUCCACAACCUCCUCCCCCCAUGAAACCAAGUGAACUAUACUACAGCAAAAUGACUCCUGCCCUCAAAGACAAGGGUAUCACAGACCUGAACAGCAGAAGAGAGUGGCCUCUCAGCGUAAUGAAACAUGUUUUGGAAGAACUCAUGAAGGAAACUCCCAAUGAUCUUCUGGCAAAAGAACUGUGGUGUUCCAGCACCAGUGCAGCAGAGUGGUGGCAGAUGACGCAGAGUUAUGCUCGGUCCACGGCUGUCAUGUCCAUGAUUGGUUACAUUAUCGGUCUGGGAGACAGACAUCUGGAUAACAUGCUGGUGGACUUUACAACAGGGGAGGUUGUUCACAUUGAUUACAACGUUUGCUUUGAGAAAGGCAAAGGACUAAGAGUUCCCGAGAAAGUUCCAUUCAGAAUGACACCUAACUUAGAGACUGCUUUGGGAGUAACAGGAGUGGAGGGAGUUUUCCGUCUUUCUUGUGAAGAGGUUUUGAAGAUUCUGAAGCAGGGUCGUGAAACGCUGCUCACUUUAUUGGAAGCUUUUGUAUACGAUCCUCUGGUAGACUGGACCACAGCCAAUGACACUGCUUUUGCCAGUGCAUUCUACGGAGGGGGUGCUCCGGGUGUCACUGACAACAAAAUGAACAAGAAGGAGAUGGAAAGAGAUGUUACACAGAGCUUGUUUUCUUCACGUGUGGCGGAGAUGAAAGUCACUUGGACAAACAACAAGGAUGAAUUGCAGUCUGGCAUGACUAAGCUGGAUGAACAACUGGACACUUACUUGGCGUCACUGAAGCAGUCGAAAUCUCUGGACGUGGCCACUGAAGAACUUAAAGAUCAGCAGGAAACUCUACAAGCGGCCAUUAGUAAUCCUCAACAUCCCUUACACAUGGUACAGGCCAAAUUCGAUGAAAAGAGGAAACUGCAGGCCGACCAUGAUGCAGUUCUGCAAAGCAUCAAUGAAAAACUUGCAGAAUGUCAACAAUGGCAGGUUCAGCACAAGGCUGCAAUGGGGACUGUUCAUGGCCCAAAGCUUGCGGCUCUUGUUGGUGAGGUUUUACAGCCCCUUGAUCUAGGUCUUCCAAGCUUUGCUCCAGCGAUCAAUUUCCUUCAGGGUGCAGGACAAGGCCACAUUGUCAGCCAGUGCGAGCAGCUUGAAACAGAACUGUCAGGCUUACUUCAUCAGGGACGUACCAUGUUCCGCUCAUGUCUGGAUUUGCUGCACACCUAUGCUACUGUCACGUCUCUCUUUCCAUCCGAUUAUGUACAGCAGAACAGAAGCUUUGAAUGGCAGAGUUGGCUUCAGUCUUUGGUGGAAGAUUCCUCAACAAAGAAAUGCCAGGAAGUUAUAGAGGAGAGUGAAAAGCUGCACAACAAACCUGUCGCCGACAGUCCUCUUACUUUGGCUGAAGUGACCGGGUUUAUGGCCAUGGAAGUGAAAUUACAGAGCAGUUUGACAGAACAGAAUGCUAAGUUUAUUAAGUUCUCUGAACGUCGAAAACAAGAGAGUGUCGAGACAACAUUCCUAAGUAAGGCUGUGGGUGAAGCUUAUGCUGCCCUGAAAAAGUACAUUACAGGGAAGCAGCCUGCGUCCUACCGUUGUCUUACUGGUGUACUGAUUACUGCGUUGUGUUCCUUGAACAAGAGGUGUCUGGCAAUGGAGAAGACAGCCAAAGUCGCCAAAGACAGAUUAUCUGAUCUCACAUCAAGAGAAGGAGACUGGUUUCUUGACGAACUGUGCUCCAUGAGCGGGAAUGUCAAUCAACUAUUAUUGUUAUUGAAGGAUCAUCAAAUGGAGGUAAAAGACAACCAGCAGGCCAUUCUUGGACAAGCACAGUAUUCCAUGAAAGCUGUUUUAACAGUGCAGAGGGUUUUUUUGGCUUUACAGGAGCUGAUGACAAACUUCAGGACAAUCAUUGUCCCAGAAGCAUUCAAGAGCAUCUAUAUUGAAGACCCGAGUGUGUUUACUGUAAUACAACAGGUUCAGACUGUGGCUCAUACACAGAAAAUAAGUUUGAGAGAACUUGCCGAGAACGUAGAAGCUCGUCUUUUGGAAGGACACAUCUCUAAUGAGACGGCACAGAAACACAGCCCAGAGGAAGUUGAUGCAGUAAUUCAAGAGUUGCUUACGCAGUUUGAGAAGCUUCUGCUGACCAGCAAAAUAUCUGGCUCUGACUCAGGUGAGGACAGCAGUAGUACAAUGACAUCUGGACAGAUGCUGUUGGCUGGAUUCAAUGGUCUGUUUACCAAAGUUGCUAGUGAACUGUCGGACAUGUUUACAGCUUUUGAGCGAGUUCACUUUGACAAGCGCGAGUUAAAGUUUGACGUAGUACGAGAUGCACAAAAUCUCCAGGUAACAAACAGUGCAAAAAAUGCUGAACUCCUCAGCAAGUUGUUCUUUCUCAAGAGGCUGGAAGUCAUCAUCUCCUUCUUCAAAAGCUGUAGACUGGUUACCUUGACACUAAAAGGUGUGUCUCACUCAGGAAGCAUGCCGGGUGCUGCAAACUGCACUACUGAGCCGUCGACCGACUUGUUUACGAAUUCGGACAGCGGUCAUGGUGAGAGCAAAGUCUGGAAUCCCGACAAGUGCUACAGUGAAGAUGACCUAGCAGUACAUGUGAAGCAUUUUAUCGCUGAUUGCGUGCAGCAGUGCAUUAUGGGCUUGCCGUCCCAGGCUCUGGCUGCGGUGAUUAUCAAGUUCGCCAUAAUAUUGGGAAGUAAGGGAGACAAAGAGGUUCUCAACGAGGAAGGUGUUGUUAUACUGGAAGAUUAUUGCAAGAAGGUUGUUGAUGGCAAUGUUACCAGUGGAAUGAUUAAGUCGAAGCAACUCUCGCAGAUUACAAGCUUGACAAGUUCUUAUGACGUAGCCUGGAGAAAACAUGACUUUGCUAAACGUCUGGAUAACAACAUGAACAUUUACAAAGGUGUAGUACAGCGGGCUCAGCUUCAACUGGCCAGAUUUCAGUGGCUGUACGAAGAUAAUUUGCUGCAAUGUCCGAUGCGUGGAAGCAGCAUGAUCACACCAGCACGAGCUACCAUUAUGGCGGACCUCAAAAAGCGUGUCCAAGGUCUGAUUCAUAUGGAUUCGGUUGUGAAAGGCGUGGAAGAGAAGUUAGCCGCUCAGGAGUCGAGUAUUGAACAACGCCUCAAGUGGGCAGCCGGAGCAAACCCUGCAUUGAACCCAGUGCUACAGAACUUUGAGCAAACUUUAGCAGCUAGAAAGAUGCUGAUGACAGUGGAGAGUAAACAUUCUUCAGAUAUCUGCAGCUUGUCAAAUGCCAUACUACACUGCGAGGCCUUACGAACACACACAGCAGACGCUCUUGGCGUGGACAAAGUCAUGACAACUUUGAUCCAAAGGUGUCAACAAAGUUCUGCUGAGAUAGAGAGUUGUUCCGAGAAACUCCAUGACGUGACCGAGGUAGCAAAGAAAGUGAAAGUAUCGUAUCCACCAGAGGCGCCAAUCACUCUAGACUGGAUGAAGAACAAGUUGGACACUGUGGGACAGGAGAUGGCGUCCUUCAAGGCGAGAAAGACACAAGUCGGUCAGGCUAUCAUGGCUAAUAGAGACUCGAUCAAGUUGCAGGCAAGCUCGGUGAAAACUAUAAUGGUGGCUCAUCAACAGCUCAUUGGUGAUGUGAAGUCUAUGUUGACUACAAUGGCAAAGGACGAAGAAGCAGCAGAAUCUCGCCAAGCCAAGCUGUUUAUUUCCACUCAUAACCGCCAAUCGGAAGAGUGUGCGCAGCUGAUUAAAAGCAUCCUGGCAGUUUGUGGAGGAAAGAUCAGUGAUGGCAAAGAUCAUAUAGAAGAUAACAUUGCCGACAUUAAGUCCAUGGUGAAGUCCAUCAAGUCUCUAGUUCAGUGGGUUCAUGACCAUCUUUUGUCACUGGCAUCACCACUUGUUCCGGACGAGUCAGGCGCCAGUGGAGGGAAGACGCCCAUUGCUGCUCCUCCUCCCACCUUUGCGUCAGCCCUUCGUCAAGGUAGCGGGUCCAUCACGCCGAGUAGUAAGGAAUCUGGAUCAUCGGAUGUUGGUUCUCCUCACCCAGUUAUCUUACAAAGAGACAUGACAGCGAGCCCUUCAGGUGCUAGUUCACCAACUGCUUCUUCCAGGGUCAUGGCAGUUGCAAGUCCCAGAAGAAUUUCAUCGGCUAAUCUGGCGAGAGAUCCCAGAACUGGCAAAGCUCUUCAGGAGAGGAACACGUAUGCGAUCAGUGUGUGGCGACGAGUUAAAGCAAAACUGGAAGGUAGAGAUCAGGAUAACAAGAAAAUGUCCAUUGCUGACCAGGUUGACUUCGUUAUUCGUGAAUCCCGAAGUGUGGACAAUUUGUGUCAGAUGUAUGAGGGAUGGACUGCAUGGGUGUGACGUCAUCAACAUGGAAGCAGCUGUCAAUAUGAGUAUGAUGCACUUCAGUAGCAAGAGCUAACAAGGACCAACCACAGCCAUCUUCGUAGCAUCAAAGAAAGCCGUGAACACGUUCGGCAGCUUUACUAAGGCUACAUACUGCCAUGUAGCUAACAACAACAACAACAACAACAACAACAACAACAACAAGUAUUUAUCAUUCAAAAGUAAACGGCAGGCCGGCGACCUUGCCUUAAUGAUGCUUGCACAACUAAAAAAAGAAUUCAAUUGUAAUGGCGAUACAUUGUAUGUGGUUUGGCGCGCCGCAAGCUUGGUUUAAUUCUGUUCCUGGCGUUUGUUAUGCCUUUGGUAUAGAGAGGGAAAAUUAGGUAGAUCACACCUCUUGGCUUUGUGAAUUUCAAAUCCACCAUUAUUCCAUUUUGCUAAGCAGAGGCACUAAAAGCAAAGUUUUGAGAAAUAAUCAAUUCCCUGGAAGUUAAAGAAUCUAGAACUAAAGUUGUUGCAAAGUCUGUUGUCUACAUCAUAGAUCAGAAAAAAGACUAACAAAACCUAAGAUAGUGAUUUGAAGAACAACAAUGAACUAUAGCUCCUUAGUUGUCCUUUCUACAUCCGAGAUUGCAUAGGUGCAUUAGUGAUUGUAAGGUAGCACAAGCAACCAUUUAGACCAUCUGAAAAGGAAGCCUAAAAAAAAAAAACCCGCGGUUUUCGUUAACUAUAAUUGUUAAAGUACCUGUAACUGGUAAGUUAAAGGAUCUUCAGCAAAAUUCAAGAAAGAUCAACUAAACAUUCCAAAUGUAAGGAAUGUUACGUAGAACCAUUUGCUGUAGGGUAGGUAUUCGAACGUAGUUUGGUAGACAUGCUUCUGUCGAGGUAAACUAUAUCUCCUCCGGUGAUCUUAACUUGUGAGAAGCAACAUAGCGUGAUAGCAGCACGCUUGCAUUACUUCACCAGAGUUAUUUGACCAGCACAGUUCGUGCUGCAAACGUCCAUCAACCAGCAAGUUUGGUGAAUUUCUUUUUGAGCUUCGUAUUCUUUUAAUUCGUAUAAGAUGUUUUUUUUUUUGUGUCGAUUUUAUUUAUUCUUGAUUUGAGGCUUAACGCUGUUUACUUUUCCUUCGUUGUAUGCCAGUUAGUGUUUCUUUUCUUGUUCGAGGAAUUUUUGAAAAAAUGUAACUUACAGAGUGACCUUGCAGAAUUAGCACUGUAUGCUUGUUAUGCUUUAUCGACAAUUUGGUUGAUUUUUAAGCCUAUGAGAAUGCAUCUGAGAAACUGCUCAACCCCGCCCCCCCCCCGGAAUAAUAUGAAUAUUAUUCCAGAGGGAAUUCUUCACAAUUAUCGUAAGAACAUUCCUGUGUAGAAGGUCUCUAUUGUAUUAAGGAAGACCAAUCCUUUUGUUCACCGGAAAAACGCGAAAGUAAUUUGCGAGAUACGUUUUACUUUCCUCUCGGAGACCAGUCUCAUUGAGGCGAUAGAAACAACCGGGGGAGGAUCCGGUCGGUUAGCUUGUUUUUCUCUUGUUCCGAAUCUUUUCGAAAUCGUCGCCAAAAACUAAAGAAAUGUAUUCCACAUCUAUUAAUUUAACAUCUAUUGCAGAUUUUUAAGCCUCAAUCAGAGGAUAACUCUACCAUCCCUUCAAACUGAAGAGUCUUCAAAUUUGUUACUUUCAGUUUACCCAACUUUACUGAGGUUACCUAGGGCAUGCAGUAUGAAUUGUCAGCAGUAAAAACCUGUAAUCGUGGUUAAAACAUUAGCUCGAUUUGUGCCCGACUAGGUUUGUAGGUUUUUAAUCUCUAGCCCGAAUAUCGACUCUGUUGUGGUCCCUUUGUUUAGAUCCUCACUGGGACCUUGUCUAAUAUGACCCUGGUAGGGCUUGUGGUGUUGGGUAUUGUUGAACGCUAUUUUUACAGUUGUGAUUUUGACUUUGUCGUGUUACUGAUAGCAGAUGACAAACUCAGUUUCUUUUCGUUUUUUGGUAAUUUUUUUCAGUAAGACUGAGGACUUGAAUUAAACAAGUUUACCGUUGAAGUUUUCCCUUUGUCCUUCGCCAAAUUAUGUCAAACUUACGAUAUUUACUGCCAGAGAUAAACCAAGUACUUAAGCUGCAAUUCUAUUCUUGUUGAGCAUUUCAUCUUUGAAUUAACCGUUAUAUUGUGAACCGUUUGACUCGUUAAUUUCUUCAUUAUAUAUGCUAAUAAAAUGUAACCAAAAACAAA